UAUAUGUGUAGGUGUGUGUCAUCACUAGUAUUCACACAAUGACAAACCCCACCUUCAAAGGAUGUCUGCCUUUCCUUUCUCAUCACCCAAUUUAUUACUGUUACUAUUCAUCAAAUAAUCAGUCUUCUCCUUCAUAUUCUCAUCAAACCAUGACAUCAUCAUCAUCACCUCAACUGAAAGAAGCUCUUCCUCUUCUUAGCAAGUUAAUAGACACUCCAAACAAAGGGCUGCAGCACCAUCAACCUUCAUGUAAAACCAUUGAAGAUGUAUAUAAAAACAGCUGCACCUUUUCAGCCACAAAUUCAGAAGUAAAUGUAACCCUAAAUAUAGGCCUCCCUACUACUAGUACUACUACUGAACAUAAGGGCACCAAUAGUGAUGAAAUGCUUUUAGGGUUUCCUUGCUUCCCUAAAAAGAAUGAUGUUAAUGGAGAUGGCAUGCUUUUAGGGUUUCAUUGGUGCCCUAAUGGUUCUGGCAACAAGGGUUUCAAUAGGGAUGAUCAAGUACUUAUAAAGAAGGUUAACCAGUACUGGAUUCCAAACCCUAGUCAAAUUCUUACUGGUCCUAAUAAGUUUUCUUGUCCAGUUUGCUCCAAGAACUUCACCAGAUAUAAUAAUCUUCAGAUGCAUAUGUGGGGACAUGGAUCACAAUACAGAAAGGGACCAGAGUCUUUAAAGGGAUCCCAGCCCACAGCAUUAAUGUUAAAGCUGCCGUGUUACUGUUGUACACCAGGAUGCAAGCACCACAUUGACCAUCCUAGGUCAAGACCACUCAAAGACUUUAGAACACUAAAAACACAUUACAAGAGAAAGCAUGGAAUCAAGCAAUUUGUGUGCAGGAAAUGUGGGAAAGCAAUUGCAGUCAAGGGUGAUUGGAGAACACAUGAAAAAAAUUGUGGGAGGGUUUGGUAUUGUAAUUGUGGUUCUGACUUUAAGCAUAAAAGGUCACUAAAGGAUCAUGUUAAGGCAUUUGGUCAUGGCCAUGGUGGUGCUUCUGGUAUAGAUAUCUUUCAAGAACAAGAAGAUGAUGAAGAUGAAGGCAUGUUAUCUGAGAUAGAACACAUUCAUGUAGCUUAAUUUGGUGAAUGUUCUUGUAGUGUUUAAUUUGCCUUGAUGUCACUUGUACCUAGAUAUAGGGUUUGGUUGGUUGGGACCUUGUAUAUUGUUUGUUUGAUUUACUAGUUUUUAACCAUCUCAUAACAUUGUUGCUAAGUGUUUAA